AUGAUUGCGUAUCCAGAGGGUCAUCGUAAAAUUAGUGGGUUGAGCCCGAAUGCGAAGCAGGUUGUGCGUGACAUGACGAAGUCUAAGGUUGCACCGCGUAACAUCAUGGCGUCUAUUGCGGAGCAAUUUCCUGCUGAUCAUCCAAACAUCAGACACAUCUACAACUGCCGGAAUGACUUCAGAGAGGAGAUGUCUGAUGGGAGAGGAGUUGUUCAGCAAUUUCUACAUUCGGCGAGACAGAGUCAGUAUGUUUACUGGGUCAUGUCCGAUGAUGAAGGCGUUUUACAGCAUGCCUUUAUGGCGCACCCAGUCAUGGUAGACAUCCUACAGACGUACCCCUAUGUGAUCGGUUGGUGGACCGAGCACCACGACCCAAGUGUUGACGGUUGGGAUCAGCGUUACGAAGCUAGAAGGAACAUGUGGGAUGCCUUAAUUAGACAGUGA